AGAGGAUGUUUAAUCGUGUUAAUUGUUUUUGUUUUUAGAGUUUUCUGGGCAUAAUGUGUACUGUUUGGACUAAAUCGGAAGAAGGCAGCAGCAAAGAUAAAAUAAAAGAAGAGGGUAAAUCUAUAAAAUCUAUUAAAAAAGAGAAGGGGGAUUAUUUUGAUGGAAUGAAAGAACUGAAGAAACAUUACCAUAACAUACGCGUAGUACUUGAAAGCACAAAUGCUACGCCGAUAAGAUCCUAUUCUGGUAUAGGAUAUAAUUGUUGCUUUUGUGACACGCAGGCUUGUGAUCCGGCCGAUUUGAAACGUCAUAAUUUAGAAAAUCACGAUGAUAUUGUGCACGCAAGUUUUAUGAAAAAAAUUGGUUUGAAAUCGUUUCAUGUUAAACUGGACAUAACGGGCUUGCAAUGUAAACAGUGUGGCAAAACGGCUGACGACUUAGAGGACAUCAUGAGACAUCUUAUAGAAGUACACGAUAAAAAGAUUUGCACUGAUAUACCGAAUCGUAUGAUCCCUUUCAAAUUCGACGCAAAAGAGCUAAGAUGCUACAAAUGCUACAAUACCUUCUCCAAUUUCAAAACUUUAAUGCUGCACAUGGGACAACAUAUACGAAAUCAUGAGUGCGAAAUUUGUAAUGCAGGUUUCAUAUACCCCAACCAACUUAAUUCUCACUCUUUGAAUCAUAAAUUAGGUACAUUCGAAUGUAGCGAAUGUAAAAAAGUGUUUGACACAUUAGUAAAAUUGAAAUCGCACGUGAGAGCUAUACACUCUAAAGUUCAUCUCAACAAGUGCGGGUGUUGUGGUGAACUGUUCAAGGAGUAUCUUCAGAAAAUUAAGCAUAUGAUGGAAGUUCAUGGGUUCGUCAACACCAACUACAAGUGUGCCGCCUGCGAUCGAGAGUUCUGGAAUCCCAAAGCGUUAAGAAUACACAGACAGAGGGAUCACUUGAUGGAAAGGAGACACGCUUGUAACGAGUGCGAUAAGAGGUUCUAUUCCGCGUCAACGUUAAAAAUGCACAUGCUGACCCACACGGGUAUUAAGGAACACCAAUGUGGGGUGUGUUUGAAAUACUACGGCAAGAAAACAACGUUGCGACAGCACCUGCGAAUACACGCCAACGAUAGGAGGUACAAAUGCGAGCACUGCGGACAGAGCUUCGUGCAGAAAUGUAGCUGGCGGGGCCACAUGAGAAGCAGACACGGCGAAGACGUUUAGCAAACCUGCCUUUUCUUAAAAAUAAUGAACAGCAAAGACUACUAAAUUUUAUUGUUCACGGGUUAUCAUCCUCAAACUUGAAAAUUCAAGUAAAAAGGAAAUUGAGAACAAAUCUAUAAAAAUUAAGAAGUUUAUUAACUUUAAGAAGUCGAGCACGUUA